AUGGCCUGGCUGACGUUUCGUAUGCGGAAUGCGGAAGUGCAGGAAAGAUGCUGCAAGUCCGCGGCCGAGACGCUUUACUUCCACUACGGAGUCGAUUUUCCGUACUCUCCGAUACAUGAUCUUCUCUGUUCUGAGUCAGUCUCUCAGACAGCAAACGCUAUCGAAAUGCUGCUAGCUCAGUCUUGUGCCUGGCUGACUUGGCAGGCUGUUGUUGUGUCUGACCGAACCUGCUUAUUGCCUACUGAUCGUGUCAGAUGCUGUGCCGAUUCCAUUUGGGGACCCGUAACUCUCAGCAGUGGAUGGCAGUCACCGAUGGAUUACGAAUCUACACAAUUGUCUGCCAACCCACUUCACAGUGUCGAUAAAUUUGGACGUUGGAUUAGGUAG